CACAUACUUCACAGUGGUCAGUGGGUCAACUGUGGCAAUAACAGCACUCCACAUCUUCGCUUGUAUUUUCUAUUUUAACUAGCAUAUAGAAUGAGGGAAAUCGUGCACAUUCAGGCUGGCCAGUGCGGUAACCAGAUUGGGGCCAAGUUCUGGGAGGUGAUCAGCGAUGAACAUGGCAUCGACCCAACAGGCACCUACCACGGAGACAGCGACCUGCAGCUGGACAGGAUCAGUGUCUACUACAACGAGGCUUCAGGUGGCAAGUAUGUACCCAGAGCGGUCCUAGUGGACCUGGAGCCCGGCACCAUGGAUUCUGUCAGAUCCGGACCCUUCGGACAGAUCUUCAGGCCAGACAACUUUGUGUUUGGUCAAAGCGGCGCAGGAAACAACUGGGCAAAGGGCCACUACACUGAGGGAGCAGAGCUGGUGGACUCAGUCCUGGAUGUGGUGAGGAAAGAAGCUGAGAGCUGCGACUGCCUCCAGGGAUUCCAGCUCACCCACUCCCUGGGUGGGGGCACUGGCUCGGGCAUGGGCACCCUGCUCAUCAGCAAGAUCCGUGAAGAGUACCCCGACCGCAUCAUGAACACCUUCAGCGUGGUGCCCUCCCCUAAAGUGUCAGACACGGUGGUGGAGCCCUACAAUGCCACCCUCUCGGUUCACCAACUUGUAGAGAACACGGACGAGACCUUCUGCAUUGACAACGAGGCUCUCUACGACAUCUGCUUCCGGACCCUCAAACUCACCACGCCGACUUAUGGAGACCUCAACCACCUGGUGUCGGCCACCAUGAGUGGAGUGACCACCUGCCUGCGUUUCCCCGGCCAGCUCAACGCCGACCUCCGUAAAUUGGCUGUGAACAUGGUGCCUUUCCCCCGUCUCCACUUCUUCAUCCCCGGCUUCGCCCCCCUCACCAGCAGGGGGAGCCAGCAGUACCGUGCCCUCACCGUGCCGGAACUCACCCAGCAAGUGUUCGACGCCAAGAACAUGAUGGCCGCAUGUGACCCGCGUCACGGCCGCUACCUCACUGUCGCCGCUGUCUUCCGUGGCCGCAUGUCCAUGAAGGAGGUGGACGAGCAGAUGCUCAACGUCCAGAACAAGAACAGCAGCUACUUUGUUGAAUGGAUCCCCAACAACGUCAAGACCGCCGUCUGCGACAUUCCUCCAAGAGGCCUCAAAAUGGCCGUCACCUUCAUCGGCAACAGCACGGCCAUCCAGGAGCUGUUCAAGCGUAUCUCUGAGCAGUUCACCGCCAUGUUCCGCCGCAAGGCCUUCCUCCAUUGGUACACCGGAGAGGGCAUGGAUGAGAUGGAGUUCACUGAGGCAGAGAGCAACAUGAACGACCUGGUGUCUGAGUACCAGCAGUACCAGGACGCCACCGCCGAGGAGGAAGGUGAGUUUGAGGAGGAGGCUGAGGAGGACGCUUAAAGACGGAGUGAAGCAACAUGAGCGAGGUGGAAGAAUGAAGAAAAGUCCUAAGGAAAGCCGGAAAAUAACAAAAUACCACAAAAAGAGGAAAA